AGGAAGCGUCGGUUGUUCCUUCUUCUUCUUCCUGAUGCUGAGAGCGGAUGCUGAGGGUGAGGAUGAAGAAGACGAGCAGCGGAGACGGAAAAAGCUUCAUCCACACCCAUGAGAGCCCGUGAUAUGAUGGAAACACUGGAUCACAACAUCACUGUUUCAUGUGACAGACCUCAGGGGUCUCUAAGGUGUGCCUCAGUACACAUGUGUGCGGAUACAGACGAGACGCAGGGUUUCUAACGACCAGAAAUGAGCAACUUCAGAAGCGUUUAUACAGCUACAGAUCCAUCCUCUGGUUCUGGUCAUUUCUGCCGGACAGACCAAUAUGGCAAAGAAAGACUAUCUGCUCGAUGCCGCCCAGCAGAUCCGAAUGGCGCUGGACCGAGAAGUGAACGAAGAUUACGAGGCGGCGUUCAGCUACUAUAAGAACGGAGUCGAUCUGCUGCUCAAUGGAGUUCAGGUGGAUCCCAAUAAAGAGAGGCGUGAAGCUGUGAAGCGGAAAACCACUCAGUAUCUGAAGAGAGCCGAGGAGAUCUUCAUCUCUUACCUACAGGACAACAUCUCCAAAGGCUCUGCUCAUUUAGGGGGUUACAGCAGUUUACGCUUUCGGUCGAUCAGACACCUGAGUUCACCAGUGGAGAAUCUGGCCAUGUGUAAAGUCACCGGAGUCAUUGAUAAGGUGCUGACGGUUGAAAGUCUGAUAAACAAGGAAACAUUCAUCGUUAAGAGUUUACCAAAGUCGAGCUGGGAGAGUCGCGAGCGGUCAACCAUCAUUCCUCAGGGAGUGCCCUUCAUGGUGAAGCUGCUCAAAUACUACGUCAGCGAAGACACUGUGUUUCUGCAUCUAGAACAUCUUCAAGGUGGAAGACUCUUCUCCAGACUCCACAGGGUCAGAAGUGAAGCAAUCAGAGAGUAUCCAGAGUGCUUCAGCCCUAACCAGCAUAAGAUCUACCUGAAGAACAGCUACACCCUCCCUGUCCUCCGCCAGAACACUUACCUCAAUGAGGAUUACGGGAGAACAUCGCCUCCAGCUAAUCAUCUGGAGAACUGUAAACCCCGAUCGUACUGUGAAGAUAUGGGGUGCCAGCAGACGGGUUCCACAAGUGGGUUUGCUGACGAUGCGCUUCCUUCUGUUGGUGUACCGAAUGGUCUCAAUUCUUUACCUCAGGAUAAUGCUCCACUUCCCAUUCAUCCCUGUGUGAUCGUAGACACUCGGGAUCCUCUUGAUGUCACUUCGGACCUUCUAGGAAAUGAUGUCCGCAUUGAGCGGAUUGACUCUUGUGUAGAUCUGAACAAAGCCUGGAGUGCUUUGGAACCUGCUCAGGACUGUAGGGGUUUCACAGGGUCAAACUCGGAUAUUCUAGGGUUCAGAAUUGCUGCUCAGAUUAGUCCGUCCACUUUGUUUGGAGAAAAUGCACAGCCGAUCCUUUGCAGCACAGUUAAUGUUCUUCCACAGAGAGUGCGGAUCAUUCCCAACACAUCUACAAAACACCAAACGCCUGAUGGGUUUCCUCAUGAACACAACACCCCUCACUGCAGACCCAGUGGACAACCUUCACAGUUCUUUACAGAGUUUAAUAAAGUCAGUUCUCAUCGCUAUUCCUUUGAAUGUACACCUCAAAAUCAGGAUGGGUUUUCUUUAGAUUUCACAAACAGGACUUCUCGGGGGAACUCUGUGGAUUUGGGGAAGCAAGCCAAUUCCCAGUUUUUCAGCCAUCCAUUUACGCAACCUGAAGUGUCCAUGAUCUCCUGCGCAUCAGGAUCCACUACUAACAGCGCCUGUUGGAGUGAGAAUCUUGAAGCAGGACAUUUGGUAAAUGUGCCAGGAUUGGAACAUAAGCCCCAACUUAAUACUAAGAACAUUGGUGCCAAAGCAAAGUGGGGUAGACGGGGGCUCCCCGAGGAUGAGGUGCGUCUUUGGGGGGCUCAGAUUCUGUUGGCUUUGGAAAGUCUUCAUGAGCAGGGCAUUGUGUGCCAGGACCUCAACCCACGAAAUAUCCUACUCCGCAGCAGUGGUGAGGCGUGUCUUACAUACUUUGGCCAGUGGACUGAAGUUCAGCCUGAAAUGAAUCCCAAAGCAAUGGAGGAGAUGUACUGUGCACCAGAAAUUGGAGGCGUGUCAAAAAUCACAGAGGCGUGUGAUUGGUGGAGUUUUGGGGCGUUAUUAUAUGAGCUUCUUACUGGCAUGCCGCUGUGGCAGUGCCAUCCAGCCGGUGUUCAUCCACACACUCCACUCCAUAUCCCAGAGUUCCUCAGCACCACAGCCGCUUCACUGCUCACUGAGCUGCUGCAGUUUGACGCGUGUUAUCGGCUGGGUUCAGGAGGAGGAGGCGUAAGCGACAUCAAGUGUCAUCCGUUCUUCAGUGCCGUCCCCUGGCUCAAACUCUCCAGUUCAUGAAAAAGAGUCCACCACCACUGCACUGCUUCUGCCGUCACACACUAAACCCCCAGUCCAAUUUAAAGGAGACCUAUUAUGCUCCUUUCUACCAUGAUGUCUCUAGAGUGUGUGUGUGUGUGUGUGUGUGUGAAGUUUCAGCUCAAAAUAACACACAGAUAAUGUUUUCCAGCUCUCUGAAAAUCACCCUUUAGGCUUUGAU